AUGCCGCUUAAGUCCAAUUAUUUAUCCAACUUCUGCCUCAUAUUCUUAGUUGCUUUUGUAGCCCAUCGAAUUUACCGCUGGCAGCGCCUUCGACACAUACCCGGACCAACCAGUGCUGCAUGGACAAUAUGGUGGCAGCUCUCAAGCGCAUUGUCAGGGAGGUAUCAUGAGCGGUUAAAAGAAGCUGCCGACACCUAUGGCCCUCUCGUACGCAUCGGCCCCAAUCAGCUGCUCUCCAUCGAUCCCGAGGUGCUCCGUCGCAUGUCUGCAGUCCGCAGCGGCUACACCAAGGGGAAAUUUUAUGCAAGCGGUAAAAUCGUCCCCGGCGUAGACAAUGUCGUCUCUCUGCGGGAUCCAACAAAGCAUAAAGAGAUGCGCGCCCUAAUGGCUCCUGGUUUCGCCGGCAAGGCAAACGAAGGCUUUAGCUUCGAAGCUGCCAUGGAUCGCCAGUUGCUCAGUUUCAUUAGCCUUCUUGAGCGCAAAUACGUUUCGUCCGGCUCAGAUGUCCGGCCAUUUGACAUGGCUGAGAAGACGCAAUUCUUCGCACUCGACGCCAUAGGUGAUAUCUCCCUUGGACAGCCGUUUGGCUAUCUUGAAAAAGACCAAGAUCUGUACCAGUACAAUGAGAUCAAUACGACAUCGCUGCCCGUGAUGAAUGUUGUUUCUGUGAUGCCAUCCCUAGCAAAUCUUGUCCAUACGUGGCCCCUGCGGUUACUACUGCCAAAGGAAGGGGACCAGGUUGGCUUUGGUCGAUUAAUGCACUUUGCGCGGAGUUACGUUGAGACUCGACUGGACCCCAAGACACCACGCGCUCAUGACAUGAUGCAAGCUCACAUCGACAACGGCAUGACCAAAAACGACCUCAUCCAACAAGUCUUUCUUUCCAUCAUCGCGGGCUCCAACUCCUCUGCCCACGCCCUCCGCAUGACUCUCCUGUCCCUCAUCACCUCCCCACCAGCAUACAGCGCCCUCAUCGACGAAAUCCGCCGCGCCUCCCCCUCUGUCAGUUCUCCCAUCACCUGGGCGCAAACCCAGUCCCUGCCCUACCUCCAGGCCGUUAUCCGCGAAGGCCUCCGCAUGUGGCCUCCAGUCGGCGGCCUCGGCUUCAAGACCGUGCCCCCCGAAGGUGACUAUCUCAACGGCUAUUUCGUCCCCGGCGGCACGGAGAUUGGCCAGGGUUUCCACGGACUUGGGCGCUCCAAGGCGGUUUGGGGCCCGGAUGCUGACGUCUUUCGGCCUGAGAGGUGGCUCGCCGCUCAGGGGGAUGCAUUGAGGGACAUGACAAACGCCGUCGACACCCACUUUGGGUACGGGAAGUAUUCGUGUCUCGGGAAGCCGAUUGCCCUGAUGGAGUUGCACAAGGCCGUUUUUGAGCUUGUACGACGCUUCGACUUUUGCGUCGUGAACCCUGAAACCCCGAUUAAGACGACUGCUUCCAUAUUUCUCUUUGCGUCAGACUUUUGGGUGACGCUUACCAAGCGCAAUCUUUGA